UUCUAACUGGUUAAAGGCCAGAUGUUGCCAACAUUGAGACUGUAAAAUUUUAUUAGUUCCAACUUGAAGAGAAAUAAAAAAAAAUACAAUAUCAUUAUCCAAACUUGAAAAAAACUUUCAGCAUAAAUUGACGUCAACAAUAAUACAUUUAAACUCUAGAAUCGCAUACCGAAACAAUAUCCGUCUAAGUUUUGUAUAUCCGUUAGAAUUUUUUCCAGACACUACAGUUUUUAUUUUAAAAUGGCAACGGAAAAAUCAUCUCCUGGAAAAAUUGUCAGACAAAAAGUUAUCCCCAUGGAGGUCAACGCAGUUUGGGGCUGGGUGAAAACUUUCGACCAGCAAUGGAUCCCUCAUUUUCCCGCCAUAACUUCCAUAGAACUGGUCUCCAAUCAAGCAUCCAAAAAAGACGGAAAGUCUUCAAAAGGUGUUGUAAGAAUGGUAAAAAUGACUCAUAAAGACGAAGUGCAUUCAUUCAAAGAGCGGCUCGAUUUCUGCAAGUCUGAAAUCUACACAUUGAUUUAUAGCCUUCUGGAAUAUCACAAAAACUCGGACGUAUCUGCUUCAAAAGAUGGCGACUCUGCUAUUGAUGUUAGAGGCACGCUUUUCACGAUCAAACUGAAAGGAGCUCUUAACGAGGUUGACCAAUCACCGGAGACCAAAAUCACGUGGAUUUGUCAAUUCAACCCGGAAGUUCCAAAAUUGAAAGAACUUGCUGAAAAUGUGUUCACACUUUCGAUCGACUCUUGUCUGAAUGAAAUGGAACGAAAGUUCAACGAGCCGAUUGGAAAAUGCACAAUUUUCUUGAAAGGCGCCAAGAAUUUAAUGACAGCUGAUAUGUUUUCAUCUGAUCCUUAUUGUAUUUUGCGGAUGUCGGACAUGACAUCAGAAGCAGCGAAAAAGUCAAGGGUCAAAAAGUGGACCAAAAAUCCGGCUUAUAAUGAAGACUUCGAAUUCGAGGUGCGUCCUCGGAGUCUCAAAUUGAUCCUCACUUUCUGGGAUUAUGAUGGAGUGGGGGACGGAGACGAUCCAAUGGGUUCUGCCGAAAUGGACUUCAGCGAUUUGGAAGACGGAGUUCAGAAAGAUAUGACCCUUGACCUGAACACUGAAGGUCAAGUGAUGUUCACAAUCAAGCUGGAGAUGAAUGACAAGAAACAGAUUCCAAUUUCUCCCACUCUGAAGAAACAGCGUCUGGAAGCUGAAAAAGCGACUCAGGGUAUAAAUGAAGGCUCAAAAACAGACGGGGCAAAAACUUCAGGCGGUGAUUCCGGAUGUGGAGCAGAACUACUUCAAUUUGUUCAGGCCAAAUUUGUUGAAGAUUGUGGUCAAAUGCUGAACGAAACGCAGUGUCGAAUUGUGGCAAACAGUUUUCUGUAUCUAAGUUCGUACAGAGAAGAAAUCAAGGUCAAUAUCAAUUCACCUGAAGUCCAGGAAAAAAAUGUGAACAAAGUGAAGGAAAAUGCUUCUAAUGAAUUGAAGGGCUUGCUUGCAGGCAACUAGACGAAAGUAAAAUAGCGUUAAAGUUCAUAUAUUUAGAGAAGCAAAAACUGCUUUCAGUGCCUUUUAAAAAAUUUUAUCACCCAUAAAGUGCUAUGAUGAAACCCGAUGAAAGUUUCCAAUCGAAAAUUUUAAGGGUAACGAAAAAAAUUUUAAGCUCAAAAUUUUCACUGCUUUGCUAAAACCUCGGAAUAAAAAUGAUCAAGUUUUUUCGGAGCGCGCAACCCCCUUCAGAAUUAAUCUUGGCACCGCCAAAUAGCGCCUUAUAAAAUUUGCCUACAUCUGCUUUAAAUUUCUGUCGUAAAAUUAAACCCUUUGGAAAACCCGCUGUCGCUAUAUUCGCUAAUUUAAAUUCUUGAUAAGAGUGCGGGAACACAUCUUCAUAAUUGAUAAAAACAAAAAAAGAUAUCUUACAAAUAAGUUGAGCUUAUUGGUGUCGUAGAAAUUAAACGAAGAUUAUGGAAUCAAAUAAAUUUAAAAUAAUCAUAUAUUAAAAACAUGUUUAGUUGCGCAACAAUAAUUUGAAAAUUUCAAAUUACCAUGUUCAAUUUUGCUGAGGUGAUGUAAUUUAGAAUAAUUUCAAGAGAUAAUUUAGAUCUUGUAAAACUAAUUCCAGGGUUAUUUAAAAAUAUGUUAUGUUUAGUGAAGUUGUUCAAGUAAAAUCUUGUAAAUUCUUCUUCAAAUCAAGAGUUUCCGAUGCAAUAAUGUUAAA